AUGAUAGAUGAAGGGUAUUGGACCUUUAAACAGCUUAGGAAAGAGUUGGAGGAAAACGGGUUGACAUUUAGGGAAUAUCCCAAUGGAAGGAUAAGGAUCGACUUCGCUAAGGAAACAAAUUCCGCAGGACUCCGGAAUCUCACGAGUAUUCUGGGUUACCGGUCCUCCAAUGGUCCUACAUACAUUCCACACAUCAGCGAUCGUCCCGUAGACAUCCACGAAGGCUUGCGUUACUUAACAGUCAGCUGUAACCUUGUGAAUCGCGAGCAUAACAUCGAACCGUACGGAAAUAGGAGUACCGUUCUCACUUCCCUUCCCAUCGAUGGAACAAGACCUCUCUUUGGAACCACAACCAAAUACAACGACAUCGAAAGCCAAGUACGGGUGGAUGCUGGCAAAUACAGUGAAAUUCGGUUUGAGAUUGGAUCUAAUACCGGAAUCAUCCCUGGAGAUGUAUUGUUUGAACUUUACAUCAAAUAAAAGGAUGAGUGAGGAAAUCUUUCGGAACUACUACGGAAAGAAUUACGAGAAGGUUAAGGCAGCAGCACCCGUUGAAAUACGAAAAAUGAAGACAGACUUCAUGAAAAAAUAUCCCAAUGCGACCCUAUCCAAGUUCGACUUUAAUGUUACCUUUGCCAAGAUGGAACCGUCAAGUCCAGAGACAUCUUCUAUAAAGUGGAUGACCUCACAAGCUAUGAUAUUACGUCCGACACAUUUCGCAAGGAUCCGGAGUGGACCAAAUACCUUCACUGGGUGGAGGGGUGGCGUAGUGUUCGACCGGAUGCAAUCUUUCGUCCGAAUAAGGAUUUCAAGAUGGAUGUGCAUACCUUUAAGGUCUAUGUUACGGAAACCGAAAAUUUCCUGGCGAAACUGGAACCUAUUAAACCAUCGUACGAUAAACCCCCCGAAGCCUUUAUCAACACCAUACCCUUCGAUUACCAUUCCAAUUCCUACUUCUGUUCCCUGGCGGCAUGCUAUGUUGCUAUGUUUAAAUCCGGAAUUUCCGAGGAUCAUCUUACAGACUUCCAACUUACACUCCAACAUAGUAACCUCCAUUGUUCGCUUCCACCUUCACUUUCACCUAUCGAGAUUCAUGCGUAACCCCAAUCUAUUAGACCAGUACCUUACAAGUGAUGAUAAGAGAACCAUCAGAAAGUAUACACCAGUACGUGAAACAUGGGUUAGGAGGACCGUUUCUUCCCACGCAAACCUUGGAACAUGGUAUUACGGCUUACCUGUGAGUGAACAGAAAAGAAUACGACGUCAAAAAUAUCACCAGACCAAAUAUGGAGGCACAUUUAUCGAAUACGAAUACCUGACUGGUCGAUCACCCUUUGACGUUGAAAAUGAUUAUAAAAUCCUCGUUCCUAAAACAUCCCGAGGACUUACCAAAGUUGGACAGAAAUUAUUCCAGCAGUCUGUCGAGGCGUUUGUGUAUUCCGUAUUGGGAGCACAAGCCAAAACCCGAUGGAGUAUCACGGGUCAGGGUGCAAAAAGUUUGCAGACACAAGAGGUUUUCCGGAAGGUAGCAAGGGACACGGUUGUUCAAGACGACGUAACAGUUACCAUUUCCGACAUGAGGACGGCUAUCGCCAAUACCCACGUUGUCCUAAAUUUUGCAAUCAUGACGGGUUUAAUCCUAAUCCCCUCUGACCGAAGAAUUUUAGCAAAACCUAUCCCGGGAUUUAGCAAUGUCCUAACGGUAGCUAAAAACGGAAUGACGUUCGGGAAGAAUGAGAAGGUAAAUUAUACGAGUACUUCUGUUCCUACCCCCACGGACGAUGUUGACGAAAGCCACAACAUUAUACCGGUUCCUGCUGUGGAGGACUUUAAACCCCGGAACUAA